AUGUCUGAUUUGGAAGAGGAUCUUUUGGCGUUGGCCGGUGCAGGCUCUGAGAGCGAAAGCGACAACGAAGCAUUGGGUAAUAAGAGAGGUAGUUCUCCAGAUAAAUCACAACAGGAAAGUGAUUACGACAUCGGUGAUGCUGAUGAAGAUGACGUGGAUGAGGAAGAUGAUGAUUACGAUAUAGGUGAUAUCCCAGAUGAAGAUGAAGAAGAAGAAGAACCAAGUCCAUAUCCAUUAGAAGGUAAAUAUAAGAAUGAAAAGGAUAAAGCCGAAUUGGAAUCAAUGGCUGAAAUGGAAAGAGAAUCCAUUUUAUUCGAACGUUCUCAAGAAUUACAAAAAUACAAUGAAAGAAAAUUAUUAGCUCAAAGAGCAAAACAAAAUCAAGCGCAACAACAAAGAUCAAGUAGUAGAUCUCAAAAAGUUAAAGAAUCAUCAAGAUCUGUUAAAUCUUCUAAACUAUCAGAAUUGAAGAAACAAAGAGAAAAAAAGAGCAGAAGAACAAGAGAUGAUUAUGAUGAUGAAGACGAAGAUGAAGAUGAAGAAGAGGAUGAUUAUGAUUUAGGUGAACUUGAAGAAGAUGAUUAUGAACCAGAAUUUAACAAUUUUGGUGGCGAAGAAGUCAAAUGGGCUGAAAGCUCUAAACGUAAAAUUGCUGAAUUAAGUGAUAUAAAUAAAAUUAAAACUGGUCAUUCAGUUGCAGAAAAAUUUUGUUUCUAUCCAGGGUUUUCCAGUGUUAUUGUUGGUACUUUUGGUAAAAUUCGUGUCAAUAAACAUGAACAUCGUAUGGUUAGAAUUGAAAAAGUUAUUCAUCAUAAACCUUAUACUUUAGGAUCACAAAAAACUGAUCAACAAUUUGUUGUUUCACAACCAGGUAAAGAUAAGAAAAAUUUUAAUAUGAGUUUCUUCAGUGAUGAACCAAUUACAGAAUCUGAAUUUUCUAAAUAUAAUCAAUAUAUAAAUGAUGCUAAUGAAGCUGGUAAAAGAGCUGCAUUACCAACAUUAAGAGAAAUUGAAGAAAAAUAUCAAGAAUUGAAAACUUUUGCCACCAAGAAAUUAGAAGGUUCUCAAUUCGAUGAAUUUAUUAGAAGAAGAAGUAUGUUUAAUGAUACUUCAGUUGGUGCAAAUUAUGUUUUGAAAAAAUCAGAACUUACACAAAAAUUACAAGUUGCUAAAGAUAGACAUGAUACAAAUGCUAUACGGGAUUAUAGUGAACGUUUAAGAAAACUGGAAAAUCAUUUCCAAAAAUCAAAUAAAAACAAAGUUUCAAUUGGUUCAAAUUCUGAUCAAUUUGCAAAAGUUAAUGAACGUAAUAGAAAAAUGAAUAUGAAAUCUGUGAAAGAAGCUGAAUUAAUAAAUACAGAAAAAAGAAGAACAGGUGCUCUGGAUAAAACAGAUCCUUUCAGAAGAUUAAAUACAAGAUCAAGAGUUUACUAUAAAGAAAUUCAAAAAGAAGAAAAUGAAAAAGCUAAAGCUGAUGCAUUAGAAACUGCCCAACAAGUUGCAGAAAAUCAAGAAAAGGAAAAACAAUUAUUAAAAGCUGCAAAAUAUAGAAAUUUGGGUGAAUUUGAUAAAUUAGUUUCUGGAAUUGAUUUUAAAUUUGAUAUCCAAAUUUAG